CAUGCCUUUGGUCAUCAAAAAACCCACACCCCCUCUCGGGCCCGGGUAGAAGCAUCUCUCAGGCGCUCCACUACUUUUCCAGAGAAAAAGUCUGUGAGGCUCUGACACAUUGGCGGAGGGCAGUGGGGGUUUCCGACAACCCAUGACGAUUGCAGGGCUCGACCCCUUUGGGGGUCGUCUUUGGCCUCAAAUGUUCAUUGCUUUGGGCUUGCUUCUUGUUGCAAGCAGUGUAGGUUCUGUCUCUGGAGAUGCUUACCCUUAUUCUUCUCCACCACCACCACCGUAUGAGUACACGUCACCUCCACCGCCGGUUCACUCUCCCCCACCACCAUAUGAGUACAAGUCUCCACCACCACCGGAGAAAUCUCAUCCACCUCCAUAUGAGUACAAGUCUCCACCACCACCGGAGAAGUCUCCUUCAUAUGAGUACAAGUCUCCCCCACCACCGGUUCACUCUCCACCACCACCAUACGAGUACAAGUCCCCACCACCACCGGAGAAAUCUCCUCCACCUCCAUAUGAGUACAAGUCUCCACCACCACCGGAGAAGUCUCCUCCACCACCAUAUGAGUACAAGUCUCCCCCACCUCCGGUGCAUUCUCUACCACCAUAUGAGUACAAAUCUCCACCACCACCGGAGAAAUCUCCUCCACCACCAUAUGAGUACAAGUCUCCCCCACCACCGGUGCAUUCCCUACCACCAUAUGAAUACAAGUCUCCUCCACCACCUGUUCACUCUCCACCACCACCAUAUGAGUACAAGUCCCCACCACCACCGGAGAAAUCUCCUCCACCUCCAUAUGAGUACAAGUCUCCACCACCACCGGAGAAGUCUCCUCCACCACCAUAUGAGUACAAGUCUCCCCCACCUCCGGUGCAUUCUCUACCACCAUAUGAGUACAAAUCUCCACCACCACCGGAGAAAUCUCCUCCACCACCAUAUGAGUACAAGUCUCCCCCACCACCGGUGCAUUCCCUACCACCAUAUGAAUACAAGUCUCCCCCACCACCAGUUCACUCUCCACCACCACCAUAUGAGUACAAGUCCCCACCACCACCGGAGAAAUCUCCUCCACCACCAUAUGAGUACAAGUCUCCCCCACCACCGGUGCAUUCCCUACCACCAUAUGAAUACAAGUCCCCACCACCACCUGUUCACUCUCCACCACCUUAUGAGUACAAAUCCCCUCCACCUCCGGCCAAGUCUCCACCAUACUACUACAAAUCCCCUCCACCACCUGUACACCCUCUACCACCUUACUACUACAAAUCUCCUCCACCACCUGUACACUCUCCACCACCAUACUACUACAAAUCUCCCCCACCACCUGUACACUCUCCUCCACCAUACUACUACAAAUCUCCACCACCACCACCCAAAGAACUUCCUCCUUACCAUUACAUCUCUCCACCUCCACCUGUUCAUCACCACCCAUUGAUAGUCAAGGUCGUUGGAAAAGUCUAUUGCUACAGAUGCUAUGACUGGGACUAUCCUAUCAAGUCACACGACAAGAAGCAUCUCAAAGGUGCCGUAGUGGAGGUGACUUGCAAAGCAGGCGAGAAGGAGAUCAAGGCCUAUGGCACCACCAAGAUCAACGGCAAGUUUAGCAUCACAGUUGAAGGCUUUGCCUACGAGAAGUACGGAGGAGUAAAGGCCUGCAAGGCCAAGCUCCACGCGCCACCCAAAGAUUCGCCCUGCAACAUCCCCACUGACCUGCAUUGGGGCAAGAAGGGUGCAAAGCUCAAGGUCAAGUCUGAGGACAAGUACGAGGUUGUGCUGUCAGCCAAGCCAUUUGCCUAUGCUCCAAAGAAACCUUACAAGGAGUGCGAGAAGCCCAAGCCCAUAUACAAACCACCUCCUUAUGUUUACAAGUCUCCUCCACCACCGGUUCAUGAACCACCAUAUAUUUACAAGUCUCCUCCUCCACCCCCUUACGUCUACAAGUCUCCACCACCACCGGUUCACGAGCCACCUUAUAUUUACAAGUCUCCUCCCCCACCACCUUAUGUUUACAAGUCUCCACCACCACCGGUUCACGAGCCGCCUUACAUUUACAAGUCUCCUCCCCCACCACCUUACAUCUACAAAUCUCCACCACCACCUGUCCACGAACCACCUUACAUUUACAAGUCUCCUCCCCCACCACCUUACGUCUACAAGUCUCCCCCACCACCAGUGCACUCCCCUCCACCACCAUAUGAGUACAAGUCCCCACCACCACCUGAGAAGUCUCCUCCACCAUAUGAGUACAAGUCUCCACCACCACCGGAGAAAUCUCCUUCAUAUGAGUACAAGUCCCCACCACCGCCGGUGCAUUCCCCUCCACCACCAUAUGAGUACAAGUCUCCCCCACCACCGGAGAAGUCUUCUCCACCACCAUAUGAGUACAAGUCCCCGCCACCACCUGAGAAGUCUCCACCACCAUAUGAGUACAAGUCCCCACCUCCACCCGAGAAAUCUCCUCCACCACCUGUCUACAUUUACGCAUCACCUCCACCUCCAACUCACUACUAGGCUCCAUAAGCUCACCACGUUCCAACACCAAUCAUGUUUUAGUUUAAAGAAUGCAAUAAAGGAAGGCUCAAUUAGGGAAAGAUACAUGAAUCAAGCAUCCAAUCCAAGUUCAUUCAAUAAGAUCGCUUCUACUUCUCUGGUGGCCUUGUUGCACAUUACAAUCUUAUUCUAUUCAAAUGGGAGUGGCCUCAAAGGAUUAUACGAUGAAAACCGGAUUAGGAAGGGGGGUUCGAAAAAUUAAAUUAUAUGAUGACUCGGAUUUGGAUAUGCCAGCAGCCUGCCACGUUUGAUUUUGAUUUUAUAUUUUAAAAGUUUCCACUCGGUAAUAUCUUAGGGGGGUUUCAUCUAGUCAUUUAUGAAUUGUAUAGAGUACUGCCGGGGGGAUGAUUGGGUUUCUAUUUAUUGUGCUUAUUUGUUCGUUGGAAUUCCUUGUGCUUUGUGCAAUCAGAUUAUCCUCAAUAAAUUAAGAUAUUUCUGUUACAAUAUUA